AAAAAGGGCAUCCAUUAGUUUCUGCAGUCGUUGCUCGCCGUCGUUCAAGCCUUCAAUAUCAAGUCAAUGGAACACGGUUCAUUUGAGGAUCAAUCAAAAGCAACGUUCUCAUUGACAGAUGAGGACCAUACGAUGGCAAAUGCUAUCAGAUUCACUCUAAAUCAAGAUCCAAGAGUAACAUUUUGUGGAUACAGCAUUCCACAUCCCUCUGAUGCUCGAGUGAACAUAAGAGUUCAGACUACUGGAGAUCCAGCGAGGGACGUAUUGAACGAUUCGUGUCAGGAUCUAAUGCUUAUCUGCGAGAACGUUAGAGACACAUUUAACAAGGCUAUUUUAAAGUUUAAAACUGAAGAAGGUCUGAGCUCUAUGGAUAUCAAGAAAUGAUUGACAGGAAGUUUAUAUAAACCUUCUAUCCAAGUCAAAUUCUGGUAACCUUAUUUGCACAAAAGUUGCUUUUUGCAGAAUCAUUUUACCCCCAUAGACCAUAUAUAUGUUACAUCAGAUUGUUAGCAACAAUGCUUUUGCUUUAGUUCUAGCUUGUCGUAGAGCGACUUUCUGUUCUUUCAAUUGUGCCUCUCUAUCAACUUUGCAUCUUUUCAAUCUGAUCCAAGAACUAAGAGCGGUCAAAGUCCUGUCUACAAUGUGCUAAGGAGAAAAGCUCUUUUGUGAAAAAUUUAGAGCUACAUGUAUGAUCCAA